AAUUCUAAGCGCCAAAUUCUCUCUCUCUCUCUCGCUGUGUAUACGCGUGUUCAGAGGGUUAAAGAGAUGACCGAUGCAUAUGAUCCACUGGAUUUCGAAUUUGAAGAGCCCAUUCGUAUUUCUCCUUCUGUCCCCAAGAAAAACGCUGAUCAGUUCAAUUUGUGAAGAUAAUGGGAAAGGAAUAGAUGAAUUGAUCGAUCCAUUUGACCUCUCCCAUGGCACACUCCUCUGAGGAGCUCUUCUGACUUAUCCCUGGGGUUGCACAAGAUUACACUAGCCAUCUUAUCAAUUGGAUAAACUGAGGAAGAAAGUUAUAGGUUUGGAUGAUCUAUUGGAGGAUCAUGAGAAGGAGCAAAAGAGGAUCAAUGAGAGAAAAUCUAAACGACAAAAGAUAAAAAAUACUUCUGAUUCAGAGGAGGAUGAGGAUGCUAGAGAAAAAGAACUGUCGAAAUGUGUUGAUAAAUGCCAAAAAGAGAUGGAUCAAAUAAACGACGACGAUGAAAUGCCCUUGUGGGGCAUUCAAGUCUUUGGAGAUCAGAAAAUAUUUCCAGCUUUGGAAUAUCCAGAGCCAAGAAGUUUUAUUUUGCAGUCUAUCGUGAACAACAAGCUCAAUUCAUUGGUUGAACUUACUAUUGAGAAAGGAGAACCUUUUCUUGAAGGGUUGUUGGUGGAUGGUUGGCUCUUGAAGCUGAUCUUUACACAAGGCCGAGUUGAAAAAUCCAUCUCAACUUGGAUAUUUAAUUUGAUGUUAUAUUCAUCAAAGGAAUGGUUGAGGAAAGCUGCCUGUGAGUUUUGGUGCUCCAUUCUCUCACCUGAGGCCAAUUCAUCAGGCAUCAAAAUUGACUGGUUACCUAGCUAUUCAGAUCUGAAAAGAGCUCUUGGCAUAUAUGGUUAUCUUUUGGACUCACCAUCUAAACUUUCUUCUGAUAUAGAUAUGAUCCAUGCUGAUUCGGAUACAGCAGGACCACCUCAAAAUAUAAGAUGUUGGAUAAAAUAUGUUGCUGCCUGUUGCCAAGUUAGGAAUAUGCAUGUAAUUUUCUCGACUUUGGAAGCAGAAGAUUUUCUUGGGGUGAUCAUUAGUCUCUUCCUAGAUCGACAACUUUUGGGCCUUAGUAUGAUUUUGCAUGCAUGUAUGUAUUCAGUUAUAAGUUUCUUCAAAGAUGAGGAAUGGCAUGACAGUUGUGAGAGAGUCGCAAAAUCGCUUUGUUGCAGAUUGCCUGGGGAUAUCAAUUGCUUGAGAACGGUUGAGAGUAUAUCAGGAAGCAAUGGACGAAGCAAACACCUGCGAAGUGCAGUGGCAAAACAAUUUCUAAUAAGAUGCUUGAAUGAGAAGGAAUGUGAUGCAGAGGAUAUCCUGAGAAUGCUAAUCUCAAUUAAUGUGAAGGACAAGAAUUGUGAUCUUUCGAAGAUGUACAUAUACUUGGGUCUGGCAGAGAACUGGCUGCUAUUUGAUCCCACGUUAAAAGAUAAUGCAAAGAUACAUGAGAUGUGGAGAAGUUGUCUUCGGAACUGCUCUUGCGGAAUAGCCAUCACUGAUUUGAGGUCUUAUGCUUCAAAGGUCCGUAGUAAAGCUUCAUAUCUUCUUCAAGGCAUGGCCAACAAGUGACUGAUUUAGGUUACUAUUCAAGCACUUGGCAAUCUAUAUUUGCUUCACAAAGUUUGCUCAAAACCCACAUGAAGACAGAAGAGUUUGAAUUCAAAAAUGUUACCAAAAUAUCUAUUUUGACAUGAUAAAGCGUAUCUACCACAGGAAAAGACGUGUUAUCUAACUUAAAUCAUUGACAUUUGGCAUGAUAGUUCCAGUCAUUUUCAUCAGUGUUCACAGAGCCGAAGCAGUUUCUGUUGCGAGUUUUAGCCAUUUGAGCAGUGGUUUGACCUAUAAUCAAGAAGCCAGAAUGCUUUGCCGCACCUCUUCCACUACUGAUUAUUUUGUCAAUGGAAGUGCUUAUUUUAGUACAGCAAAAUUGUAAUGUAUAAUGAUGGGCUGUGUUAAAAAUAGAUCUGUUGAGUUUGACUGCUUUUGUCCCAAAGUUGUACCGUUAGGAUUCGACGGUGCUAUUACGAUUGCAUCA